AUGUCCAGCCCGACCAUCCCAACUCACCCAGAAAAAUUCAAGAACCACAAAAUCAUCUUCGUGGUGGGUGGCCCCGGUUCAGGGAAGGGGACCCAGUGUGAGAAGAUUGUGCAGAAAUAUGGCUACACCCACCUCUCCACGGGGGACCUGCUGCGGGCAGAGGUCAGCUCAGGCUCGGAGCGGGGCAAGAAGCUGCAGGCCAUCAUGGAGAAGGGCGAGCUGGUGCCUCUGGACACGGUGCUGGACAUGCUGCGGGAUGCCAUGAUAGCUAAAGCAGACGUGUCCAAGGGCUUCCUCAUCGAUGGCUACCCCCGCGAGGUGAAGCAGGGAGAGGAGUUUGAGAAGAAGAUCGCCCCCCCCACGCUGCUGCUCUACGUGGACGCGGGGAAGGACACGAUGGUGAAACGCCUGCUGAAGCGAGGCGAGACCAGCGGGCGGGUAGACGACAACGAGGAGACCAUCAAGAAGCGUUUGGAGACCUACUACAAGGCCACUGAGCCCGUCAUUGCCUUCUACAAGAGCAGAGGCAUCGUCCGCCAGCUCAACGCCGAGGGCUCCGUGGAGGAGGUUUUCCAGCAGGUCUGCUCCCACCUCGACAGCCUGUAGCCGACCCCCGGCCCCGCUCCCCCCGGGCGCGCUCCGGCAGAGACAGCGGAAGCGGCUUUAUCCUGUUUUCGUGGACGGAGCCGUGCGGAGGAAAUUUCAAGGACAUUGUGUUUGGCUCUUUCCCGUCUCUCCCCAGUAAAGUUCACUUUAAUGA